UCCCCUUUACUGCUACAACCACAUCCUGCACCACUGCUCUGCUCAUACGAUCUAGAGAGAUAAGGCAAUAAGAGAGGUAGCAGAGAGCACCCCUUCCCAUCUGCAUGUUCUACAGGGGUUCAGGCUUGCCAAAGGGUGGCUGAUGUCUCUGCAAAUCCCUGCUCCUCGAUGGAUGGCUAGGUUUUUAUGGAUGACUUGCAGCAUUUGUUCUUUCCCUUGCGUUUGUGCUAUUUAUUAAUGUACCAAGCCGGUUUGGAGCAGCUUUCGUCAAAAAAAGGAAAAAACACAGUGCCAGCAGUAUUUUAGAAGAACAAAGUAAUCGAUUGUAAUUGUGUCCGUCAUGGAGCAAGAGCAUAAAAUACAGAACAUUCAGAUUCCUUCCUCCUUAGGGUAUGUGGACCUUCUCAUCAAGAGUGGGGAACGGUUCCUUGGUGCUCUGAAAGAAUGUAAAGACUGUGGCCUGACAUCUUCUUGGAAUACGUUACAAGCCCAUGCCAAAUUCACCUGGAUGGAGAUUCUGUGCAUGGUUGUGUGUGCCCUGGCAUUGACGGGUCUCCGAAGAGCGACCACCAAAUGGAUCUUCCAGCCAUUUAGUAAAUGGUGCCGACUGCGGCCAAAAGAAGCAGAGAAAGUUCCGGAGAGUGCCUGGAAAUUCCUUUUCUACUGUGCAUCAUGGUUCUAUUGCUCGUACCUUCUCUUCUUCACCAAGCACAACUUUUUUCAUGACCCACCCUCUACCUUCCGCGGUUGGACAUCAGGAGCAGAUGUUCCCUUGGAAAUUGCACUUCUGUAUCUGGUUCAAGGCAGUUUCUACGCACACUCAACAUAUGCAACCCUGUAUUUGGAUGCAUGGAGAAAAGACUCUGUUGUCAUGAUUCUGCACCAUCUAGUCACUUUUAAUCUAAUUAUUUUCUCCUAUGCCUUCCGGUACCACAACAUUGGGAUUCUGGUACUUUUUCAUCAUGAUGUUAAUGACAUAGUAUUAGAAUUUUCCAAACUAAACGUCUACUUCAAGACAAGAGGUGAAACCUACCACAGAGUUAACAGCAUCAUUACGGAAAUCGGAUCUGUCCUGUUUAGCGUGAGCUGGUUCUGGUUCCGACUCUACUGGUUUCCAAUGAAAGUGCUUUAUGUCACAUGUUGUUCCAGCCUUGAGUCUAAUCCAGACAUCCCUUUUUAUUUCUUCUUCAAUGUUCUGCUAUUUGCACUGACACUCAUGAAUAUUUAUUGGUUUCUGUACAUAGUGAUGUUUGUCAUGAAAGUGGUAACAGGCCAAGUGAAAGAAGUGAAUGAUGUCCGGGAAUAUGAUAUCUCUGAAAACCAGAAAGCAGAAGUCUCCAAUGCUUUUAAAGAUUUUUCACACAAGAACACAUCGGAUAGCAAACAUUCCCUGGUAAAUGGUUUUGUAAAGAAUAAGAGGGUAUAGCAGCCGCAGAGCGGUGUUCCCACAUGCACAGAUCCCACGCUCUUAUCGCCGUCCAGUGAAGACGUUUUCAUGUUUACUGUCAACAAUGUGUUACAACAAACUGACAUUUGUUUUAAUUUAACCACUGUAUUGUCAGAUCCGCUACAUAACUCUCCCAAUCAUGAAACUAGAGUAUUAAUGUGUUAUCGACCAUUAAUACCUUUUUUAUUUAUUUUUUUAAGUUGCAUUUGCUGCAGAAUCUAAUGAAAUGUUACAGUAUUUCUUAAAUAUAACAAACUAAAAAUAAUAGUGUUUUGGGGUUUUUUUCUU